AUGAACACUCCUGAAAGCAUAUUUGAUCACCUAGUUUCCUUGGAUCAACCUGGAGCUAUAGAUGGGGUAUAUGACCUCAUCCUUGAGCGUACAGACGCCGAGUCUCGUGCGGUCAUGUGUGAGAUGCUCGCUCUACCCGUUGUAGCAUUCGAACCAUUCACCGUUGACGACCUGGAGGACCUCCUUAAGCACGCUGGAGUCUGGGGAAGUGGAAAGGCGAUACUACAGAAUCUGGGAAGCGUACUUAGUGCGGAUUACAGCACAAAUCUCAUUCAAUUUCGUCAUACCACCAUCGUCGAGUACCUUCGACGCCGUUCCGUUGCCUCAACCGUCGCUAAUAGUACCAGAAUCUACAUCAAUGCCAUCAAGGCUCAUGGUCAAGCAGCAUCAUGGUGUCUUCAGCGGCUCAAGUCACGGACAGUGGGUCUCAAAUUCAAUAUAUGUCAGAUUGACUCAUCCUUCUACCUCAACAGGCAAAUCGCAGACCUCGAUGCAAGAGUAUCAAAAUUCAUUCCAAAAAGACUUGCUAUGCCAGUUCCCAUUGGCUCUUCCAUCUGGCCGAAGCUGACGAUAACUGGCCAAGUGCCCUCAAAAGAGACUUGA